ACUUGCUUCCAAAGUUCCACUCCAUUUUCUGCAAUAAUUACCCAUCGGCAGCCAGCUAGCUAACUAGCUAAUUCUCAUUCCUGUUUUCGUUCUCGAUCGUCAUCGAUCAAUAUGAGGAGUUUUAAGCUUCGGUCGUGGCAGCGGUGCUCAAAGCACAUCAGAGAGCAGCGGGCGCGGCUCUAUAUCAUAUGGAGAUGUGCUGUGUUGCUCAUUUGUUGGCAUGAGUAGCUAGGGACAUGAUUAAUUCUGUGAUGAUCGAUCAGGAGCAUGUGUGCAUUGGACUUAGCUUCGGAACAUGCAGCUAGAGCCGCACUUUAAUUCAAAUUCUGGAUUAAUUGAGGCUUCCUGCAGA